UAUGCACAAAAGUGUGUGUGUUUCCGAGCUUCACUCCAGUGCGUGAUGGAUCUCAUCUUCACUACACACUGGAUUUGCACUGCAUAUCUUUUUCCAAUUACUGGAAUGAUUAAACUUUCUAAACAGGCAGUUUGAACUUUUUUUUCUUGUUGCGUCUAAACGUAUGCACACCAGUGUGUGUGUGUGUAUGUGUGUUUUUUGGUAACACUGCCUGAGAGUGUUUUAACUAGUGUGUGUGGGGUUUUUUUUUGUUGCCGUUUUGCAACUGUAAGACGAAAAGCAGAAAAGCAAAGUGAAGCUGAGAGGACGCAUGGACUUCACUCAGGCUCCUCAGCUGUUCUUUUCUCAGUGUGUUUGAGUGUGAGUGUUUGUGGGUGUGUGUGACAAUGUUUCGGACACUGAUUGUGCUGCUGUGUUGUGUUUCGGCACUGCUGCAUGUGUCUCCAGCGGCCGAGCGGAUUAAAGUUCUGUUCACGCCAACCAUCUGCAGGCUGCGCUGCUCCAACGGACACUGCAACAACUACUGCGAGCGAGGCAACAUUACCACACUGUACAGCAAUGAGGAUGCAACACACACGUCCGGCUUCAGAGUGUUUUUGUGCCCCAUGUUGUGUAAAAAUGGAGGUGUGUGCAUUCAGAAAGAUCGAUGUCUCUGUCCUUCCAACUUUACUGGAAAGUUCUGCCAUAUUCCAGCAUAUUCAUCUUCCGCCUCUACCAACGAGAUUGAGAAGCUGUCCUCAACUGGUAAUAUACCAGCCAGUCAGGCGCUGAUGCGUUCAGAGUAUGUCCUUCCUUUACAGAGUCGACAGCAGAACCACACCAUUGGGUCUCCUAUGGUGACAGUUCGAGUUCAUCAUCCUCCUGAAGCAACGGUGAAGAUCCAUCAGGUGGUGAAGGUCACUUCAAGUUCAGGCUCGCACACAGCGGUGCGAUCAUCAGGGCUCUCAGGUUCCCGUGGCAACAGUGGACAUAGCAGCACUUUUCUGGCAGACAUAGCAGAUGCUACACCUGCUCUUGUUAAGGCUCAAACAUUCAGGGGAGACUCUAUCUACACAGAGGCUUCUGGGUUUAAAUAUUGCUUCAGAGAAGUUCGUAACGGACAGUGCAGUUCACCGCUGCCUGGGCUCCGCAGUCAGGAAACGUGCUGCAAGGGAGAUGGUUUAGCAUGGGGAAUAAAAGAUUGCACACUCUGCCCUCCAAUAUCAGGAAGUGGAGAGAGAGGCUGUCCAAAAGGCUUUGAGAGGGUUAAUGGUACACAGUGUGUGGAUAUUAACGAGUGCGUGCAUCCGGGUUUCUGUGAGAACGGGAAGUGUGUGAACACCCGUGGGAGCUACAGCUGUGUUUGCAAACCUGGUUUCUUAUUGGACGCCUCACGUGGCAUCUGUAUCUCCCAGAAGGUGAUCUCAGAGGAGAAGGAUCAGUGUUUCCGUGUUGUCUCUCAGGGCUCCUGUUCUUUGCCCAUCCUGAAGAACAUCACCAAGCAGAUCUGCUGUUGCAGUCGUGUCGGUAAAGCCUGGGGAAGGAAGUGUGAGGCCUGCCCCUAUUUUGGAUCUGUUGAAUUUAAGGAGAUUUGCCCUGCUGGUCCUGGCUACCAUUACUCACCCAACACACUAAAAUUGAAUCAGAGGGUUGCAGAAUUACCCAACCCUGCACUGGUUUCUCAGACAAAUCGCACUUCAACUACAGUGACUAGAUAUGAUACAUCAUUAUUACAAUCAACAACAAGAAAUGAACCACCACAUAACCAAACACCUACGAGGCCUCAAUCUGCGACUAUCACCCAUAAUGUCAGGAUUCAGCAAUCCAGUAUUGGUCAGAGACAGCCAACUACAUCAGAAGUUUUCAUCAUUCAGAGUGAACCACUGUUGAGUCAACACAGACAAACAGGAAGACCUGCUUCAUCAACUAGUCAGCCAAGCAAAGAACAGCCCUAUGUUAUUAGGACCCAGACAAGCAGGCCAUCGGUUAACAGACACCACUAUUCUCUAAUACCUCUCCCAGUUCCCUCUACGGCCCGCCCACCUCCACGCGGAACAGACAAGCGUGUGUGUGAGGCUAACCCUCAGGUUUGUGGGCCGGGUCGGUGUGUCGAUAAGCCUGGAGGGAGGCACACAUGUUUGUGUAAUCCUGGGUUCAUCCUCAAUUCUCAAUCAGGUCAUUGCCAAGAUAUAAAUGAGUGUUUGUUGACUCCGAGGCCGUGUUUGGCUGGUCAGUGUGAGAACACAGUGGGAAGUUUUCAGUGUGUGUGUCCUUCAGGCUACCGGAGUAAUGCCCAGCAAAACCUAUGCUCAGAUAUUGAUGAGUGUCGUCAGAUCCCUAACCCUUGUACUAAUGGGCGCUGUGAGAACAUGCUCGGCAGCUUCAGGUGUGUGUGCAGGACAGGAUACAAACUGCAGAACAACACCUGCACAGACACUGAUGAGUGUGAUGACCCGCUCCGCUGUCCGGGGAAGGAGUGCGUAAACACUCAGGGUUCCUAUAAUUGUGUGCCCUGCAAACCUGGAUUUGGUCUCCUUAACAGCCAGUGCUCAGAUAUUGAUGAGUGUCGUCAGCGUCCUUCUCUUUGCUCUAACGGCCACUGUGAGAACACACCUGGCAGCUACAGAUGUGUGUGUAAUAAUGGGUUCAAGCUACAGGGUAACACCUGCACAGAUGUGAAUGAAUGUGAGGACUCUCUGCAGUGCCCUGGUCAGGGAUGUAUUAAUACUCUGGGUUCAUAUAGAUGUGUGUCAUGUGGCCCCGGGUUUGCAAUAAUUAACAGAAGAUGCACAGAUAUUAAUGAGUGUCAUCAGGUUCCUGCCCCCUGCGCUAACGGCCGCUGUGAGAACACACCUGGCAGCUACAGAUGUGUGUGUCAAACAGGGUACAAGCUUCAGGACAACAUGUGCACAGACGUAAAUGAGUGUGAGAACCAUCUGCAGUGUCGUGGUCAGGUGUGUGUGAACACUCCAGGCUCGUACCGGUGCACAUCCUGUGGUGCUGGAUUCAGCUUUCAUAAUGGACAGUGCACAGAUGUGGAUGAGUGUGUGCAGAACACACGCCUCUGUGCUAAUGGACGCUGUGAAAAUACCCCCGGAAGUUUCCGAUGUGUAUGUCGACCUGGAUACAGAUUGGAGGCGAACACCUGUACAGAUGUGGACGAGUGUGAGAAUGAGCUUCAGUGCCCGGGACAAAAGUGUAUGAACUCUGUUGGCUCUUUCAAGUGUGUUUCAUGCAGUCCAGGCUUCGAGAUCAUUAAUGGCCAAUGUCAAGAUGUGGACGAGUGCAGUCAGACUCCAUCCCCAUGCUCUAACGGCCGAUGUGAAAACACUCCUGGAAGCUUUGUGUGUGUGUGUCGCUCUGGAUACAAACUGCUGGGAAACACCUGCUCAGAUGUUGACGAGUGUGAGAGCUCUGGAAUAUGUGGGCCAAUGAGUGUGUGUGUGAACAUGGACGGCUCAUACAGAUGCGAGUGUUUGCCCGGGUUCCGUGCUACAGGAGCUGGACGCCAGUGCCGAGACAUUAACGAAUGUUCGGAGAGUGAGUUCUGCUUCCCUAGAGGAGAGUGUGUGAAUACAGAGGGCUCAUACAAGUGUGUGUGCGCUCAGGGUUACCACACAAGUGCCAAUGGGACUUUCUGUCAUGAUGUGGAUGAAUGUGCCCGAGAUGGAGUGUGUGAGGACGGGCACUGCACCAACACUGAUGGCUCGUUUAUGUGUCACUGCAAAGCUGGUUUCACCGCCAAUCCCGAAAAAACAGCCUGCCUUGAUGUGGAUGAGUGUGUGGACUCUGGUGGGACUGUAUGUGGUUCUCAGCGCUGUGAGAACACCAUCGGAUCGUUUCGAUGCUUUAUCACCUGUGAACCUGGAUACAGCCUCACGGCUACAGGAGAGUGUGUGGACAUUAAUGAGUGUGCAAACGAGAGUGUGUGUGGCCAUCACAUGUUCUGUCGGAAUCUGAUUGGAACAUAUCAGUGUAUCUGUGACCAGGGGUAUGAGACAGCGAAAGACGGACGGUCAUGUGUGGACAUUAAUGAGUGUGUAGUGAUGGUGGGUGUGUGCGGAGCGGCACGCUGUUGGAAUGUUGAAGGUUCAUUCAUGUGUGAAUGUGAGAAACGGCAGGAAGAAUUUGACCCACUUACACGACAGUGUUUGACCACAGGGUCACCAUCAGGGACAGGGUCAUCAUCACCUUUACCUCAGCCAGGAGAGCAAAUAGAGUGCUACUCUAAAGUGGAUCAGAGGGACCAGUGUGCAGUUCUGUCCUCCAAUGCGACUGUACAGGAGUGCUGCUGCACUGUGGGGAGAGCCUGGGGGCGCAAGUGCCAACACACUCUCUGCCCACAAGCUGGAACAUCUGAAUUCCAAGCAAUGUGUCCGAACGGACGCGGCUAUGUGACUUCUGCAGUGGGGGCCUUCAGCUAUAGGGAUGUGGACGAGUGUAAACUCUUCGACCCGGAGGUGUGUAAAGGUGGUGUGUGUGUAAACAACAUCCCUGGUUACUCGUGUUACUGCCCCAGUGGAUACUACUAUGACAUGGACUUAAUGGAGUGUAUAGAUAAUGAUGAGUGUGAGAGUAGGGAUAUGUGUCCGGGUGGUCUGUGUGUGAACACACUCGGUUCAUAUUACUGCACUUGUGAGCCGCCUCUAGUGCUGGAUGACACACAGCGCUCCUGUGUCAACAAUUCAGACCUCACUGUGGAUGAGAACGUCUCAUUCUGUUGGCAGCAUGUAACAGCUGAUCUGGUGUGUCAGAGUGUUUUGCGAGGGAUUCAAGUGACAUUUAUGGAGUGUUGCUGUUUAUAUGGUGAAGCAUGGGGGCUUCAGUGUGCUCUGUGUCCCCAGAGAGACCAGGAGCAAUAUGAGACACUGUGCAGCACUUUCGGUCCUCCUCCAAACUCUCCUCGGUAUGCAGAGCGUUUUGCCUCACUGCCAGGUGGAGGAGGGGGUUACAGAACACCGUACAGUGCCCCCAUUUACCCAGACAUACCCUCGUCUGAUUACAGUGACUACAGUGCAGGACUCAGCUCCAGGCGUUACUAUGAGGAGGAAGAUUAUGACCCAGCUGCUGCUCCUCCAUUUGCAUCAUAUCCUCGUACUGGACGAUUCUACGGCUCACGCUUUACCCACACCCCCCUCACUGAAGGUGCUGAAGAUCAGGAGUCAUGGAGAGGCCCCGCUCCUUUCCCACCCUUCACUGACAGAAGACCAGGAAGUGAAAGACCACAGAGAGUCUAUGAAAGGCGGUACGAGUCAUUCGCUGGUCUGCCAGAGGAUGAGUGUGGUAUACUGCAGGGCUGUGAAAAUGGCCGCUGUGUUCGUGUAGGUGAAGGAUACACCUGUGACUGUUAUGAUGGAUAUCAGCUCGAUAUCGCCUCUAUGACCUGUCUAGAUGUGGAUGAGUGUGAGGACCCAACCUUUCCAGAGUGUAUAAAUGCACGGUGUGUAAACACAGAAGGUUCGUAUAGAUGUGUGUGUCUGAGGGGAUUCAUCACGUCACGCAGACCGAACUACUGCAUACCUGCUUAACCACACACACACACACAUACACAUACACUAGCAAAAAUCCUGACUCAAUUAGCUAUUAACUAUAUCCUAUUUUGUUGGAUUAUUUUAUAGACACUAUAGUUUUUAUCUGUUAUGGCUGUAAAUUGUUUUGUUUUUUUAUAUAUAUUUUUAUAUCUAAUUUUCUAGCCGUUACACAAAUGCAAUAUACAAACCAUUUAGGCACAAUAUUUUGACUCUGUAAAAGAUUUGCUAUCUGAGAUACGGACACUGAUUCAGUAAACACAAGAGUUUCAAGUAGAGUUUAUUUGAAACCGGUUAUGAAAGCACAUUUAUUUGAAUGUUAUUAGGUGAUAUCUUUGAUGAAUGAACUUGAGCGUCAUAGAGAUCUAAAGUGUCUUUAUGUUUGUUUGUGAUUGUAUGGUUGUGUAUCAUCCGUGUGUAACACAAUGCACUGUAUUUGUGACCUUUUGAAUUUCACGGUGAUUUGUUCAUUGUAUUGCCUUAUAUUUUUGAUGCAGCUAAAAUUCUGAGGUGUCAAAAAUAAAUUAGCAAAUAUAACAGAUCAGUUUCUUUCAAUAGUACAGUUUUCAUGUUUCUUGUAAAAUUCCAUUAAAAAAUGCAAUUUACCUGA